AUGGCUGCUUCAGUUCUUAGAGACGGAGGAAGUGGAUUGUUUGUUAGGGCCUCUCCGAUUGCCAUUAACAUGCUUGAAACUGCGGGGUUUGCAACGCCUGAUUGCUGUAGUAGUAUCCCCGCGUGUGCACGGAUGACACCAAACGUGAUGCCAACAAUUCGAAAAGUGGCGGUGAGCGACGAGGAGCUCAAACGCCGAAUUGACGGGGUUCAAGUCACUACGGACUUUAACAACGUUCUUUCCGAUGUAUCAUUGCAUGGAUGGAAGUGGAAAAGCGAUUGUCGAGCCUUCUCAAUCUUCACUAAAAACAUUGUCAGUGGAAAUGGUGCAUCGGUGGCCGAUGGUCAAGUUUUAGCAAUGGGAACAGUCUCAGGUGGCCGUGCUCUCGAGCGGCUUGUUUCGCUCAUCAGGACACCAAGUGAGAGCAUUUUCAAUAGCACAAUGCAGGAGCUGUACAAACGAGACUUUAUCUACGGGUCUAUCGUAUACGCUAUCCCUUCCGAUUCGACAAUGCUUGGAGAUGGGAGUCUAUUGACAGUCAAGACAAGCGCUUUUGCUCGAUCGAAACGAUUAUCACACAAGAAAAAUGAGCACAUGUGCUAUGUAGAGCAGUUUCGACCGACGAAGGAUGGCUUUGCUAUUGUAUUUGCUUCCAUUCCUCGGCAUGAGGUUCUCGUGGGUAAGGCCAGCGGUAAACACGUCGAUGAACUGUGUCCCUACCGUGGGUGGAUCUUGGUCGAGAAGGCUCCCGAGAGUAAAGCUAGUGUACGAGUUCUCUAUCACGCCGGUAUCGACCCAGAGUUUGUCGAUGCUGAAAAAAACAUCAGCCUUGGACUGUGUUCCGCCAAGACUACAGCUGCAAGACUUUUUCGUCUUGCCAAGGGCUUCUGUCGACUCGGUGAAGUACUGCAUCAACAACGCCAAAAGGACAGCGUAAAUCGAAAAACAAGUAGUGCCACUAACAGCAACACCAUCAGCUUCUGUGACGUGAGUACCGAUGUUUCAAACUCGCAUUGCGUCGCUUGUACGUCCAAGUUCGACUUGCUACGACGUCGUCGUCGCUGUGGUCUUUGUGCUUACAAUGUUUGCGCUAAGUGCUGUUACCGCGAACCGAUGAUCAUUUACAAUCGCUAUGCUGCUACGAUUCAAUUCUGUGCCCGAUGUCGAGAAUGUAUGACAGGAGGCGAGUACCCGCAUUUACGUUUAGCAUCUCGACGUCAUAGUUCACCGGGCAUUCCAACGUCAUUUGCUCCGUAUCAUUAG